AUGAUUCUACUUUCCAUGAACAAUAGCAAUAUUUACGACAGAAUUUUGCUCAACUAUUUGUUUCGCGCCCUCAGGGGAAUUCUCACGCGCGUCCUUGAGACGGGCGCCACGCGGGAACGCACCACCAGGGAAGAAGUGAUCACCGCGGGAGAAGCGAUAACUACCGAAAAAGUGACCACCGCGGGAGAAGCCAUAACUACCGAAAAAGUGACCACCGCGGGAGAAGUGAUAACUACCGAAAAAGCUACCGCCCGCACUGCUCCACCCACUGAGCGCCCUUCCAUAAUAGACUGCACCAACUUCAACUACGUAAUGAAGAACCUGUCAGAAAUGAAAAUUUUCGACCAAACCAUCAUGCUCAAGUAUGCCCUUUUCUUCUCCAGCAACCUUGCCCACAUCAGCACCGACCACAUUUGCGACUACCUCUUCUACACCUUAUCGCUGAGCCACCCAGGGGGGAGCAACCAAGCGGGGGUGAAUACAGAAGGGGGUGAAAAAACCCAAAUGGCAGACGCUUCCAAGAGUGAACUGUCCGCACAUACCUCUCGUGACAAAAGACUCGCCCACUUAGUGACUUACAACGAAGAGCUCACCUUGAAGGAAACCAAUUUCGGAAAAGUCUACCAGCACUAUUUAACCAAAGUGACUCAAUUCGUGAAGGAAAAAUUAUCCCAUUUCGACGCGCACAUAUUUCUUGCCCAUUUGGAAGAACAGCAGAAUGGAACGACGGGACAAGACGGAGUGGAGGGCAAACAGGAGGAAGACAAAAUAGACACCUUCGUGUUCAACUACCAAACGGAGAAUAAACAUGAGCAUGUACAAAAACUGAAUGAACUCAUUUUGGAACAAACCACCAACAAUGCUGCGAAGGCAACUUUGCUGGGGGACUUAGUUUCGGACAAAGAGUUUUCGACAACUAUCAUCAUGAUAAUGAUGAAAAUAUUGGAAAAAAAAAAAAAAGUUCAGCCAUGCACAUCCAUCAGCUCGCUCAUUCAUUUGUUCUACUCCCUUGCGUCCUUGAACGAACUUGACAAGGACCGCGUUGAUCACUACAUGGAUAAUUUGUAUACCGUCGUGGAGAAAAAAAAAAGCGAAAUAACGGCCUACCAGUGGCUGCUCAUCAAGGACAUCUUCAAGAUGGUACGUGUGAAGAGGAGCGCCGAUUGGGAAAUUCUCCUCGACAAUGUAAACACCUACGUUAGGGGUGCCGAGCAGGAGGGAAGCGCGCGCUUCGAGACCAUCAACAUCGAGAUAUGA